GAUGAUGUGCUGAAUGACAAGAUUGUGCUGUGGAAGGGCGAUAUUACGAGGCUGGAGAUAGACGCUAUUGUCAAUGCGGCGAAUAGGUCGUUGUUGGGGGGUGGUGGGGUGGACGGAGCGAUACACAGCGCGGCGGGCAGAGGCCUCUACCAAGAAUGCAAGACGCUGGGAGGAUGCGAGACUGGAGACGCAAAGAUAACCGCCGGAUACGAGCUUCCCGCCAAGCAUGUUAUCCACACCGUUGGACCAAUAGGUUUCCACCCUGAAACGUUGACGAGCGCCUAUAAACGAUGCCUGGAAGUCGCGGAGGAGCACGGGGUGCGGACCAUUGCGUUUUGCUGCGUCUCCACUGGGAUCUACGGAUACCCGAACCUCCAAGCCGCCAGCACCGCCAUCCGCACCGUCCGCCGAUACCUCUCCAACCCCACCGCCGCCCAAAAUUUCGACCGCAUCGUCUUCUGCCUUUUCCUCCCCGUCGACUUCGACGCCUACCACGAGCUCGUGCACGUCUAUUUCCCACCACCG